AUGAAAAAGUUAACUACUACUACACCUGUUGUAAAAUUAGAGCAACAGGUUGGGGGAACCGCUACAAGUAACUCAAAUGUAAGCGGUAUAAGACCUAUUCCUUCUCUUGAUCAAACUAUGCCUACGAUUCCUCGUCAACCAAUGGGCCCACCACUUCAACCUCCUACUGGUUAUAGGUCUGCUAUUUACACGAAUAACAAUGUUUCUAACCAAAUAAUGGUUCUACCGCGUUUAAAUACACAGUUGGGCAACCCUAUAUUAAGAAGAACGACUGCACCGGCUGCGCCUGGUAUUGCAGGAUCGACUGACGAAAAGGCUAGCUAUGACGAUGUUUUAACUUUUACUGGAGUUGACCUAAAAGAAGAAACAGACAAUAUUCUAAGAGAGAAUGAAUUAUUGGGAGCUCGACAAUCUGCUUCUACAAUACAACUUCCAGAUCGUUCACGGACGCAGAGUUUCUUGGAUCAAAAUAAACUUACAAGUGUAGUUACAUCCAUAGCUAUGCAGCAAAAAUUAGGAGUUAAUCCUGAUGUGAUGACUUAUUUAGCGCUUGCUACACAAGAAAGAAUAAGAUCUUUAGUGGAAGCAAUGAUUGCUGCCAAAAAUCAUCGGAUACACUCGGAACAUAUACAUCAUCCAAGUGUAAACGGUGUUGAGAAUCUACCAAUGUAUAAAGAAGUUGUUAGUUUAGAUGUCAAAUCACAAUUACUUGCAAUUGAAAAGGUAGAACGUGAGCAAGAACGUAAAAGAAGGGAAAGUCGAGCAGGAUCAAAACAUGAUAAAACGGAAGAUGAAGACGCAAAGGAUCAAUCAGAAAAUGUACCAUUAACACCUACCGUUGCACCAAAACGUCAUAAACGUCAAAAGAAAGAAAGAGAGGGUACUUUACCUGCACCAUCCAUACAUAAACUUACGGUUGAUACGAAGAAUACCAAUAUGACUGCUUUAUCAGCAGCUGGUGGUAAAACUAAAAGUUGGAUGAUUGAUCUUCAACCUGAACCUUCAACAAUUAAUGGAAGUGAUACAACGCCCGCAGCUGGAUCUAGACCAUCACGUGGACGCUCAAGGUCGAUCUCAAAUGUUAAAAAUCUUGCUAGUUCCAAAAGAGGAGAAUCCCAACUAGUAGGAAGUUCAUUCACCCAUUUCGUCACCAAUCCGUCUAUUACUGGUCAACAGCAACCACUUAAUGGUCCUGUUCCAACAAUAACAGUGAAAGACGCUCUCUUUGUAUUAGAAAAAGAUCGUGGUGGUGGUGGCGGUGCCGGAAGUAGUCGUGAAGUUCUAAUGAAGGGAUAUGUCAAAUGGCUCAGAUAA